AUGGGUUCAGCCUCGGACAACGACAGGCCACCAGGUGGAACUUCACGCUCUGGAGCUAGAACGCCUCGCAAAGUGCAAUGGAUGGACGUCCACGAGCUUGAACAACGUUCUAGUCAUAUGCUUGAUGAAAGCGGCCUCGAUCCCGAUGCAUUUUUGGAACUCACUGAUGCACUUGAACGUCAUCAAAGAACCACGCCUUUGAAGCAAGUUCAUUAUUACUCGCCUCAGUCUUCUGAACCCUCUUCGACACAUAGCCCAGAGCCAGAAGUUGUACGUCAUCAUACCCGCGGAGAUUCUUUUUAUCUGUCUUCCGCUGGAUCCAGUCGGACUUUUGCAUCUUACUCUUCAAGCCCUGAUUGUACUCGAAGUCCGUCUCCGACGCAUUAUGUGCCUGGAAACUACAUUGGAGAUUCAGAGGACGCUGGACUUCCUGGAACGAGGGAUUUACGCCAAUUCGCGAAAAAGAAGGCUCGCACUGUGGUUCGUGGUCAUAUCGGCAUCGUCUCAGCACACGGGGCCUCGCGAAGUGAGAAGGGGAGCCGUAAACUGCGUCGUGGCGGGCACCGUCCUGAUAUGGACCCGGAGAGUGCUCCAGCAUCUUCACCUGAGCGUGGAGCAGGCAUUCUAACAACGAUAUUGAGCCUUUAUGGGCGACCCAAUGCUGCAAGCUCUUACACCGACUCGGAAGGCUUCGACACUGAUGUAGAGUCAACCAAUAGAGGGUGGACAAGUGAUGAAGUAUAUCCAGAAGGAACCCUUGGUAGUGACAAUGCUGAGGGAAAAGAUCCAGGUGAGAAGAAGCGGAAUAAAUUUCGAAUUCCUCGGGCUACGAUGAAAGUUCCAUCAAUGUUCGGGCAUGUUUCUCGGCCCACCACAGCCAGGAGUGCUGGUGGGGUGAUUGGCCCGUUGAUAGCCAGCACAGGGAACUUGGCGGGAUUUGCAGCACCGACACAAAGUCAGCUCCAACCGAAUGUGAAAGAACCAGGCUAUCGGUUAUCGAGGUAUACCGUGGAAACAAAACCGAUAUCUCGACCAGCAGCUGCCUUCAGAAGGGUCAAUAGCUCUCUCUCAGAGCUUCGUCGGAGUCCAAGUUCGGACCCCGGUACGGCAACCCCAGCAUCAGGUUUUUCUAGCCCAUUUUAUCGUGGUGCCUCGAAAAGCAACUUGUCUUUAUUGGGAUCGUAUGCAAGUUCCAUUCGCAAUGUCGGACGCAAGACAGGAAGCAGCUCGCCCGUGUCCGAAGGGUACGCAUCACAACACGCAAGCCCCAACAACGGGGUGCGUCGCAAGAGGAAGAAAGAAGCGAUUUAUAUUACUCGGCAUGUCGCACACAUAAUCCGACGGGAAGAGUUCAUCAUGAAACUCACCCGGGCAAUGAUGAUGUUCGGGGGGCCCUCACAUCGACUGCAAUCACAGAUUCAGUCUGCAGCGAAAGUGCUUGACAUCGAGCUUAGCUUUCUCUACCUCCCAGACGUCGUUGUCCUUAGCUUCGACGAUAGCGGGACGGGAACCAGCCAUAUCAAGCUCAUCCGGCAAUCCAGCGGGCUGGACCUCGGAAAGCUCAAUGACGCGUUUUCCCUAUAUUGGAAGGUCAUUCAUGAUAAACUAUCGGUCUCAGACGCCUCCGUGGAAUUGGAUAACCUGAUGCGCAAAAAACCCUUGUACAACUGGUGGCAGCUUGUCGUCAUAGGAGGUUUCUGCUCCGCCUCCAUAUGCACCGUGAGUUUCGGUGGAAGCUUCGCCGACGCCUCAAUGUCGUUUCCCCUUGGCGGUUUGCUCGUAGCUAUUCAAAUGUUGAGCGUUCGGAACGUGCUGUAUUCCUAUGUUUUUGAGGUCAGUGCUACCACUCUGUUCAGCUUCAUCGCCGCUGCAUUGGCUGCAUCGCAUCGCAUUUGCUAUUCCGCGAUAGCAUCCAGUUCUGUCGUUCUCAUUCUGCCGGGGUUUUUGGUGCUCAUCGGAGCACUCGAGCUGAUGUCCAGAAACAUUAUCUCUGGUUCAGUUCGGUUGUGCUUUGCGAUUGUGUACGCGCUAUUUUUGGGGUUUGGAUUCACCAUUGGAGCAGAGUUGUAUGAGCUCUUAACCUCGCACGAAGUCUACGGUGCAGAAGACUACGCUUGCUCUCUAAGCCAUCGACCAGAUGGACCCUGGUAUCAGAGAACGCCAAGCCAAUACUGGGCUUUCCUGACGGUCCCAAUGUUCUCGAUGUUCUUGAGCAUGCGCAACCAAGCACCAUGGAACAAGAGGGAGAUGCCUCUGUUAAUUGCCAUUGCGAGCACCGGUUGGGUCACCAAUUAUUUUACUGGGAAAAAAUUCUCUGGUCAAAGCGACAUAAUUGCCGCUGUUGGGGCCUUCGCCGUCGGCCUCGUAGCUAACAUCUACGCCCGCAUCUUCUCCGGCAAUGCCUUUGUGGUGAUGAUUACGGGCAUCCUGUUUCAGCUCCCUUCUGGCUUGGGAAACGGUGGGCUGUUGAGCUACGCGUCUGAACAAGCAUCUGGUUCCUCCGAAUCCUAUCUCUCGGGCUUCAGAACGGCGCUAAAGUUGGUGUCAGUGGCGAUAGGACUCACGAUUGGGCUAGGUUUAUCGCUGGCGCUGACUCACCCUGUCCAGAGCAGAAAGCGAGAAGCAGGUAUUUUCAGUCUGUAG